AUGGAUGAGGCGAAGAGACAGUUUGUGGUGGAGGUGGACGCGUCAGAUGUGGGGGUGGGAACAGUUCUGUCCCAACGAUCUGUUUCGGACAAUAAAUUGCACCCAUGUGCAUUUUUGUCCAAGAAGCUGUCACCAGCAGAAAGAAAUUACGAUGUCGGCAACAGGGAGUUACUUGCCAUUAAGGUGGCGCUCGAGGAGUGGCGACACUGGCUGGAAGCAGCAGAGCAGCCGUUCCUGGUUCUCACGGACCACAAGAACUUGCAGUACAUUCAGUCGGUGAAGAGACUGAAUUCCCGGCAAGCCCGAUGGGCUUUGUUUUUCACCCGCUUCAAGUUCACACUAACCUAUCGGCCGGGGUCUAAGAACAUUAAGGCGGAUGCACUAUCCUGCCUUUUUGAUCCCAAUCCGACCCCCAGACUCCCUUCAUUCGUGAUGCCGCCUUCUCGUGUUGUGGGAGCGGUAACCUGGGCAAUCGAGGAGAAGUUGUGCCCACAGGUGAUUCAUUGGGCCCAUACAUCCUUCGUUUCCUGUCAUCCCGGGGUUAGGAAGACCUUGUUCGUCAUUCGGCAGUGGUUCUGGUGGCCGUCCAUGGAGAGGGCGGUCAGGGAGUAUGUGGCUGCCUGUCCGGUGUGUGCACGCAACAAGUCUUCAUGUCAACCGCCAUCGGGUCUUCUACGACCCCUUCAAGUGCCACAUCGUCCUUGGACAGAGAUUUCUAUGGAUUUCGUCACUGGACUACCCAUUUCAGAGGGACAAUCCACUAUCCUAACCGUGGUUGACAGGUUCAGUAAAAUGGCACAUUUCAUUGCAUUGCCCAAACUUCCGUCGGCGAAAGAGACGGCGGAGGUACUUCUCUCUCAGGUGUUCCGGAUCCAUGGGUUCCCGAGGGAUGUGGUUUCCGAUCGGGGUCCUCAAUUUGUCUCGUUUUUGGAAAGAUUUUUGUGAACUUUUGGGAGCCAAGGUUAGCCUUACAUCUGGGUACCAUCCCCAGUCGAACGGACAGUCUGAGAGGAUGAACCAGGAGUUAGAGACUUGUCUACGGUGUCUCAUCUCCCAGAACCCCACAACCUGGAGCAAGCACCUAAUCUGGGUUGAGUAUGCCCAUAAUACCUUACCUGUCUCUUCUUCUGGUUUGUCCCCUUUCCAGUGUGCGUAUAUGGGUAUCAGCCACCUCUGUUUCCGGACCAGGAGUUGGAGACCAGUGUUCCGUCAGCCCAAGCUAUGGUUCGUCGUCGGAUAUGGAGUCGGGCAAGACAAGCUCUCCUCCGCACCUCCGCCAUCUAUAAAAGGGCAGCUGAUAAGAGGAGAAUCCCUGCACCCAGUUAUGCUCCAGGACAGAGGGUGUGGUUGUUCACCAAGGACCUUCCUCUACGGGUGGAGUCUCGCAAAUUGGCUCCACGGUUUGUGGGCCCGUUCCCGUUUUCCAGGGUCAGCAACCCUGUAGCCGUGAGACUGCAAUUACCACGGUCCAUGAGAGUACA